UGUCAUUUGUAGGAGCAGAAGUAUGAGAAAUGUAAAAAAAAAAAAAAAGUAAUGAAGGAGUGUACAAGAAGCACAUCACAGUGCUGAAGGCAGCAGAAGGAGGAGAGCUCAAAGAAACAGAAGGACAAACGCCAAGUACCACAAACGAUAAUUCCACGUCUUUUGAAAAACUACGGCCUUUGUGUUGCAUUUGUAAUUGUUGAGCUUUCUUAAGAGGAAAGAUAGAGAGAGGCAAGACUGAGAGUGAAAGACUUUUUUUGUGGUGGUGGCUCUUCUGACAUCACAUCAAGCACUUUGAAGUGAAUCAAAGGUUUUCUGAGGAGGGAAACAGACAAUAUAGUGUGUGACAGACAGGAAAGAAAGGACAAGAUAUAAGAAAAGAAGAAAAGAAGACAUAUUUCAUCGUUGGGAGAUCUGUUUCAGAGCCAUGGAGAGAAAAUUGGUCCUGAGAGCUGUCUUUCUCUUCGCUUUCUGUCUUACAAGAAGUCUUGCAUCAGGAGCAGAUGGCAGAGCAUCUCUUCAUGCUAACAAAACACUGCCCCGCUCUACUUCAACCAAUGAAAAACUUUCAGUUUUCAGGAAUGAGUCUGUUGAAUUGGGCAACACUGUCACCUUAAACUGUACCAAGACAAAGAUCGCAUGGGAUGACAUGAUUUUUGUCAUCUGGAAAAUUAAUUUGCGAGACAAAGAGUGUAUAAUUGCUGUGGCUCAAAAUGACUCAGACCACGACACCUGCCAAGAUGGGAAAAAGUUUGCCAUCACAUCAGAGGAAACCUACCAGCUGAUCAUCCCCAAUUUUUCUGUUAAAGAUGAAGGAACUUACACCUGUGACAUUUCGUACCAAUCAGGUGGUUGGUUGGAAAUUAUCAAGGUCUCUGCAUUUGCCCGUCCUAAACUAUCUGGCUGGCUGGAAUAUGAGCACGGACAUCCUGUCGCUGUGUGUGAAGCUACAGGCCAACCAAUAACCUCCAUCUACUGGGAAACACCAUGGAACUCAUCCUCUCCCAGCACACAAGCAUCUGGCACUACAGGGCAGGGUUCUACAGUGAUUAGCCGCUUACACCUUCCUCGACAUGCUCCUUAUAGAAAUCUCACUUGUGUGGCCACUGCCAGUGACCUCAAGCACACCAAGACUCGAUUUAGUAACUUCACAUUUAAAGAUGUACAUGUCAAAUGGCCCAUUGUUCUCGUGGGAGUUUGUGCCACCUGCUCCAUUGUAGCAAUUCUAACUGGACUCUACAUCAUGCGCAAAAAUCUCAUGCCAUUAAGCAUUUUUAGAAAGAUUUGCUGCAAACCAGACAUCCCUGCACCAAGUGAAGAAAAACCUCAACAGUUUCUUGGUGAUGACUAUUUUCAGCCCCAUGAUCCUGAAGAAUUGCAACCCUAUGCCAGUUACGUGCAAAGAGUGAACUCCAUCUACAACUCUUCAGCUGAACUCUUCAACGCGUGAAUCACUCCAGACUUACAUGAAUGCACAAAGACAUUUCUGAUAAAAGCAGAUCUCUGAUGUGCCUACGAUGUCAUGAGGUUUGCACUCGGGAAAUGCAUAUUCAUCAGUGCACACCUACUCUGUGGAUGAAAUUACACACGAGUACUAGUACUGCUGUUAAUGAGAGCUGAUGAAACCCUUUCAAAAGAACAUCCUCCAUUGUGCAGACUCUGAUGAGAGAAACACCAACCAGAGUGAGUCAAAGUGAAAGAAUGAGUGGAAACUGAAGGAUUGUCUCAUGAUUUGGAAAUGUUCUACUCUCAGUUCAAUUCACAAUAUAAAGAACCGUCAGUGAGAGCUGUAUAAUUAGGACUCAACUGGAACGAUGAAAGUGGAAUACGGGACAUUUUAAAAUAGAUUUUCUCCAAGUGAGACAUGUCAGUGUGGAAUUUGUUGUGUUCUUUCUCCAUGUGAGCUGGUGCAAUAUUCAGAAGACAAGCAGCCUGAUUAGUACUGUAGGUUUAAUCAAGGAAUCUUCUUAAGGAAACAUCUUUGUGUUACCUUAUCAGAAAGAGUUCAAACUGGAAACCUGUCACAGAGGUGCCAACAGUUGUAGCAUUUACAAAUUUUGGCUGCUUGCUACAGCGUUACAGGAGACACGUGCUUUUUCAGACAGAGUGCUUAAAAAAUUCUAUGGCAAAAAAAAAGCUAAUUCACUGAAGUUGAAAGUACAUGAGAUGUGAACAAUACUCGUUUAUUUUCGGUAGCGGUUACUUUCACUUCAUGACUUUAUCUAGAUCAAUUUUGACUUGUAAAUUCACAAGCUCGUCUUCUGAGUCUAUCAAGUGGGCGUGACAAUGGGCUCUUUGGUCAAAAGAUUUGAGGACUUUUUUUUCUUACUAUUGCUUUAGGAACAUCUAAAAAAACCCCUAGCAUCUCAUGCAAUGACGUAUCCAUGGGUUUUUGUAGUAAAAUUCAGGGGUAUUUUUUUUCCUUUCUGCCUGCUAUACUGCAAAAAAGGAUAUCUUAGCAAGUGAAAAUAUGGGCAAAUGUAGCUAAUAUAUAGGCAAAUGUAGCUAAUAUUUCUUAUUAUGCUAAUUAUACAUCAUCAGCCUGAUUUCAGAUGCUAUUUCAGGACAUAUUUCACUUUAAAUGUUCUUAUUCUGUUUUCUAUUGGCAGAUAAUUUAUCUUCUUUUUGAAAAUUAAAGCUUAAUCAAGAAGUUCAUUUAUCUGGCAAUAAAGCAAAAAUGACUUCAAGCUUGAAUGUAGUAAAAAAAAAAAAAAAAAUGCCUAGAAGUAGAUUUCUUUAAUUUAUAGUGUAUUUGGUACAUCAUAUUCUUAUAAUAGGGAAUAUUAGAUACAUUUGAGCAUAUUCAAUAUAUUUUCACCUGCUAAAAUGUAAUAUUUUACAGUGUAUGAUUUUCUCGCUAUCCAUGUUGGCACCUCUGCUUAAGUAUCCAAAGAACAUUGAUGGGUUAAUUUUUCUAAGAGUGAAUGAAUUUCCACUAAUUCCACAUUGUCAACUGUAACAACUGUUCUCUUGAUUCACACACACACACACACACUCACACACACAC